AAAAAUUUAAUUUAUAUUUUGAACUUGCAUAUUUGAAAAAUAUAUAUUUACAAUAAUUAUUAAUAAUGGAAUAAGGAUAAAAGACUUCGAUUCAAUUCUGCAAUUCAUUUAAAAUUUUUAAUCAUUUUAAUCAAAAUCGUGAAAAAUAUAUAAUUUUUAUCUUCAUGUCUAUAUAAGAAAUUCAAUCUAUUUAAACCUCUAAUCAAGCAACAUUGGUAUAUCUACAAUACCUACAAUAAGAAGUCCUCCAGUGCAAUAAGCAUUAAAUGGUCACCUUCAACGUAUGCACAUUCGACUUGAAUCACGUAAUCAUAUGUCUAUCUACUAUAAAAAGUGACAAUAAAAGAGCUGAUCUCACUAUGUAGCCUAUUCAUAUAGAUCUUUUCUUUUCAAUCAUUUUCGUGAAUAUAAAAUAUGAAAAAUAACACGAAUGAAAAUUUAAUUUAAUAUAUUAAUGUAAGUAAAUGAAAAAUUAUAUUGCAUAUGAAAAUCUAUACAAAUAUAUAGAUUCAGAAUAAUAAUGAAAAUUAUUUAUUGUAUAUUUUUAUUUUAAUUAAUUUAAUUUAAUCCAUUUUUAUUAAUCAAAUGUAUAAUUAAAAAUAAAAUGAAAGAAUAAAAGUUAUAUGACAAUACGUAUCUUUGAUGAAAUAAAAUGAAUGAUGUAAGCAAUGCAAGUUUUAUAAUACAGUAAUACAAUAUAACUGAUCUGUUAUCACUAAUUAUAAUAAAACAUCUCACAACGAGUAUUUUGAUUUCUUUGAUAUCGUCAUUUUUAAUUCCAUUUUUGUUUCAAAGAUAGAUACAAAUCAUUUACAAAAAUUUUCAUUCAAAAUACUUCUUCUUUAUCUUCAAUUCAAUAUUUCAAAAAAAAUUCACAAUAUCAUGCAAGCUUUUUUUGUUAGAAGAACAUUUCAUCUUCGUUUCAUUAGACUUUAUCCAAGAAAAUAUGAAAUAGGAACACUCUAAAUUUGGCUUCUAUCAUGUUUCAAAUCUACCCUAACAAUUUUUAUUUCUAAUCGUGUGACACAUCUCUUGCGAUUCAUCUCUCGUUCUAUAUCAGAACAACGUAUUCUAUAGUAUCUAACUAUUUAUUUUACAUAUAUAAAUAAUUGUAAUUAAAAUAAUGUGAUAAAAAUAAUUACAUUUCUAUCUCGAUAAAUUAUAAUAUUAAUUUCAUCAAAAAAUAUUUUCAUGCUCUCAACAGUCAAAAAAUAUGAAAUCCGUCAUUUUCUUCGAUAUAAAAAGAAUCACACGGUAAUCAUAAACUUUAAAAAAACUCCUCUUCUUCAAAAAAAACGGCCCAUAAACUCGCCAAAGAAUUCCAUAUUUUUUCGUUCGAAAAAGAAUAUAGUCUCGUAGUAGGUUCGUAACGAAAGAGUUAAACACUCUUCCUCCGUCACGGAACUCGCCUAACCCAGUAUCAUCGUCUUCUUCGUUUACUCUUGACCCUGAGCGAGCUGUGUAAGUCACCCACUUUCCCGCUUUAGCGGCGCGACUUACGACACAAGCGCGCGCGCGAUCAAAAUUUACGUUCCACGCGGCUAUUUUCAACUCGCCGCGACCGCAGUCUAUUCUCGUUUGCGACGUGCUACGGAAGGAAGCGACGAUCUUCCGUUCCUAUUCCGGCUCAUUCUUCCAACGUUUCCCCCGUUUCUUGCCGAGAAACGGCCGCUGUUUUCGCGCUUUCCACGCUCGAUUUCGUAAUCCUCGAUCUCCGUAUGCCGGGGAACGUCGGCGACGAGAAGUCGGGCAGCACGAUGACGACUUUCAUCGCGACGAUGAAACGCUUCUUCGACUUGCCCUAUCUAGUUGCAGGAAGCAUGUUGCGUGUGCUUACCCUCAAAGACGGUAGAGGAAUGCCGACGCUGGACUUCGACAGAGAUGGAUUGACGAAGCUGAAGAAAGCGAUCAAAGCCAUUCACAAUUCUGGAAACGCUCACGUCGAUAACGAGGUUUAUCUUGGAAGGGCGUUGGAAAGGCUUGGAGAUGCCGCCUUGAAAGAACAGGAACCGGAUAUCGGUGCUGCCUUUUUGAAAUUUGCGGUCGUCACAAAAGAAUUGAGUGCUCUGAUGAAAACUCUGAUGCAGAAUAUUAACAACAUCGUUAUGUUUCCCCUGGAUUCGGUGCUGAAAGGGGAUCUACGAGGUGUGAAAGGUGACUUGAAAAGGCCGUUCGAAAAGGCGUGGAAGGAUUACGAGGCUAAAUACGCGAAAAUCGAGAAGGAAAAGAAGCAACACGCAAAAGAGGCUGGCCUCAUUCGGACGGAAGUGACGCCGGCUGAGAUCGCCGACGAGAUGGAGAAAGAGAGAAGAUUGUUUCAAUUGCAAAUGUGCGAGUAUCUUAUAAAAGUGAAUGAAAUCAAAACAAAGAAAGGAAUUGAACUGCUACAGCAUCUAGUCGAAUAUUAUCAUGCACAAACCAAUUAUUUUCAAGACGGCCUAAAAACUAUUGAACACUUUGGUUCAUAUGUAGCAGAUCUCAGUGUAAAAUUACAAAAGAUCAGACAAACACAAGACGAGGAAAGAAGACGAUUAACAGAACUGAGAAAUCUCCUUAGAAGCUCAGGUUGCGACAAAGAGUUAAACGUAAAUGCGAAUGCAGGAUAUUCGCUUCAUCAAUUGCAAGGAGAUAAACAGCAUGGUGUUACAAGAUCCGGUCAUUUGUUGAAGAAAAGCGAGGGAAAAAUGAGAAGAGUUUGGCAAAAGAGACGGUGUGCUGUUCAAGCCGAAGGUUAUUUGGACAUUUGUCACGCGGACGAGAAUAAGCCACCAACGAGAGUGAAUUUAUUAACUUGUCAAAUCAAGCUAGUACCGGAUGAUAAACGAGGUUUCGAUUUAAUUAGUUACAACAGAACGUAUCACUUUCAAGCGGAAGACGAAGCUGAUCAACGAGCAUGGAUGUCCGUUUUAGUAAACUGUAAGGAACGUGCUUUGCUUCGAGCAUUCGACGCAAGUGGUAAAGCUGAAGCUGGUACAGGAAAUCCAAGUUUAGUUGAACUUCAACAGGCUGUUAUACGAUGUGUCAUGAGGUUACCUGGAAACGAUCAAUGCUGUGACUGUUCUUCGCAAAAUGAUGCUACAUGGCUCUCUACAAAUUUUGGCAUAAUCGUGUGUAUAGAAUGCAGUGGAAUUCACCGUGAUUUAGGAGUGCAUAUAUCUAGAAUACAAUCCUUGACAUUGGAUAAUGUAGGCACUGCUCAACUACUUCUUGCACGACAUAUGACUAAUCAAGCGUUUAACGAAGUAAUGGAAGCUACAUUGCAUCAUAAUCAUAAACCAACACCAACUUCCACGAUGGAAGAAAGAUAUGAAUUUAUAAGAGCUAAAUAUGUGGAUAAACGAUACGUGAUGAACACUUGCGCAGAUGAAAGAGAUCUCCUUUCUGAUUUAGAACAUGCGGUUAAUAAUCGUGAUCUGCAACAACUUUUACAAGUUUAUGCAGAAAAUGUAGAUUUAGCAGCACCAUUACCAACAUCGGAUCUGGGUGAAACAGCAUUGCAUUUAGCAAUCUUACGUGAGAUGGGAAACAGCUUACAUAUUAUAGAUUUCUUAGUACAGAAUAUGUCGACAGGUGGUAUAGACAGGAGCACUAUCGACGGAGAAACAGCCUUACAUCUUUGCGCAAGACACGAUAGAGCAGAAGCAAUGAAACUCUUGCUACGAGCAGGUGCUGAUCCAACACAUCGAAAUAAGCAGGAUAAAACUCCGCUUGAUAUUGCACAGGAAAUGGGACACCACACUUGUAAAGAACUGUUGAGUCAUGCUCUACAAAGACAAAAGACAUUGUUUGACAAUGUUAAUAUCGACUGGAAUCUCUCGCAUGACGAAGGAUCUACUGAUUUUUCUGAUGAUGAAACAAUAAUAGAAGAUAGGAAUGGUUGUUUAACACCUGAGAAGAAAUCUCGUAGUAGGCCACCUUCUUAUGUGGGUGGCGGUGGUAGUAGUGGUGGUGCUGGAUCAGGAGAUUCGCCAGUGACUUUACGUAGUCGAAGUAGUACGUGUGACAGUUUGCAAAGUGGUUCUUCUCCAAGUUCUUCAACGAAUAGACAACAAAUGCCUCCACCACCGCCACCUCAAUCAAGGAAACCUGUUGCUGUACCUACACCCAUGGCUCCAGAUAUUUCGGUCAAUAUUCAUGGAUCAUUGAAGAAGCGUGUAGCGCCCCCACCACCACCGGCUGGAAGUACAGGUGGUAUACCUUCUUCUCAUUAUGGUACACUACCUUCGUCCGCGUCCUUAGCAGCGUCAACGCAUAGCCGUACAACGAGCGAACCUAUCUUAGCUGGGCAUUCUUUACAUACUCUACCACAUGCGUUAAAUACAUUAAACAGUCAACAUCAUAAAAGAUCGCCCAGUGGAGAUUCUUCAACGGGACAUGGUGCGUUUAAAAAUUCACGCAAACUUUUCUACGAAUUGUCGCCUAGUUCGGAUAAAUUUAGAAUCUUCCGAUUAUUUUUGUUUUCGAAAUUUAUUUGGUUUUGUCUGUUAUUAGGUGCAGACAAAGUAAAUAGCUCAACACUUCAAAGACCAAGGAAUCCUCCUCCCCCAGCUCCAUCUAGUAUCAAUUCUUCAAGAUUGAGUAAUGGACGUAGCAGCGAAUCGUUGAGUUCUAUGUGUUCGGAUCAUGGUUUGGGUAAUCCUAUUCCACCUCCACGUAAGCGAAGGGACCGGGCCAGACUAGAGAGCUACGCAGAGGAGCCUUCAUCUUUGCUCCCAAAUCUGAAUCUGCCAACUUCAUCGACCUUAAGCGGAUUACGACGCUGUCGAGCAUUGUAUGAUUGCGAAGCAGAUAAUGAGGAUGAGCUGUCGUUCCGGGAAGGAGAGGUGAUCAUUGUAACAAAUGAACAAACCGACGACGACAACUGGAUGGAAGGCGCUCUUGAACGAGCGCCUGAAAGAAGAGGAAUGUUCCCGAUUAGUUUCGUGCACAUGUUGCAAGAUUAACAUUCGGUAAGCCUGAACUCGUUGGCAAGUGUCUCCAGUACUGCCAGCUCCGUGAGCAUCGCUAGUCUUGGCAGGAAAUCUUGGACGAGGAAAUCGAAAGAUUGAACACAAAGGAUCAAGCAUUCAGUUCCAUAAUUUUUAAAAAGUCAUGGGUUCCUUCUCUUGGUACUUUUCUCUCUAUCAAUAUUAAUUUUAGGCUUUAAAUUUUAUGUGAAGUCUUUAUUGUUUGAGAUGAAGAUAAUGUAUAAUGAAUUUUUAUGAUUUGUUGCACGUGAUAACAGAAAAAGUUGAAUAUCUUAAGCAUGUUUCUAUGGAGGUGAAAUACAAAUAUAUGUGCAAUUUGUUAUAAACAAAUAGUUGUGCUUCAAUCAAAUGUGGAAAUAUGCUUAAGAGAGUAAACCUUCUCCAUCAUGCUUUUGUUGAUACAAACUCUUUAUAUUAUUUAGUUUCGUUAUAAUAUUUUGAUUCAUAAAUAUUUAUUAUUUUUAAUUCUGUUUUAGAAAUUAUACGAAAUUUGAAAUAAUUCUUCAAUUUAUAACUUGAAACAAUUCCAGAAAAGCAUAUUGAUUUGUUAAAAGAAGAGAUUUUAAUAAUUAUUAUAUGAUAAAAUACUCAUCUAAAAAAUAUUUGCUUCAGUUUGAGAGGAGGAAAUCAUAAAAGAAAUAAUAUCUGACUAAAAAAUCAAUAUGAAAGUUGAGAAAGUUUUUGAGAAUCAUUAGAAACAUCAUGGAGAAGAGAAGUAGUUACUAUAGCCUGAGCAAAAUAAAUUGGCUAUAUAAAGUUACAAAUAGAUAAAUUCUCAUCAUAUUAUUAAUUGCAUGUAAUUUAAGAAACAUAACUUAAAAUAUUCUAAUGAUCAUAAUUUUUAAAUAUUUAAAAUAUGUAGUAAAACUACAAAAAAAAAUAAUUUGAAGGAAUUAUUUUAUAAAAUAAAAUGAAAUUAAAAUUUAAAGCAUAUAAAAACUUAUACAAAGGAAGUUAUUGUGAUGCAAGUUUAUACUAUUAAGUAUAGUUAAAAAUAUAUAAUAAUUUUUUUCAUUCUUAAUAAUCUCAAAAAAAAGAGCUUAAGAAACCAAUUAAUAUUGUUCAGUCUAUAGCUUUGAUACUUCAUGUGUUGUACCUAGACGUGCCUAUUCAAGUCGGAUACUCAAACGUAAAGAAAAAUCUUAUACAAAUCUACAAUUUAAAAAUUUCAAUAAAAAUACAUUCAAUGCUAGAAGAAUGGGGAAUAAGUUGAGCACCAAUUGUUUCGAACAGGAUGAAGAAAUCGAAGACUGGAUCGUUCUGAAGGCCGACGAUAAACAAACAGAAAAUGUGAUAUAAAAUAUAUUUCAGUAUAAAUUAUUAGUAUUAUGAAUCGGAUUCAACAAAAGAAAAUUGAAAAACCAUACGUUAAUAAAAUAAAACCUUCAUAUAUGUUUAUGAUAAUCGAACAGGGCGUUGCAAUCGAAGCAAAUCUAUCAUAAAUUACGAUAUUCGUUCGUAUUAAAUUACAACUAACGGAGGAUACUGGUUUAUCUUGUUAGCUGUUGAUUAUCAAUUCUACUACGUAGAACAACACGUAUUCGAUCGAAAUACUAAUCAUAUUUGGUAAAUGUGCACAAUUUGUGUAUACAGAGAUAAAGAUUUAAAAAAAAAAAGAAAAAAAUAAGUGUAUGUAUGCGUGCGUGAGUGUGUGCAUGUUUGUAUGCAUAUAAUUAUAAAAAAAAAUAAGAGAAAGAAUAGAAUACAGAACUCAACUCUGUUUGUUGCAUGUCUUUAAGUAUCUGGCGCACACUUCUUUCUGUACUGCCAAUGCUAUAGUAUAUUCUAUAUGCAAUUGCGUUCCAGGCGAAUAGAACAAAAAGAAAUUAAUAGAAAAACAUUUUCGUGAUGGGUGUGGUAGAUACAGCCAACGGCGUCGAUCGCUGAAAAAGAUAUAAAUAUAGGAUAUUAAAAAGGAGGUGUCCUUAUCUCCUAAAAAAAAAGAACGAUAUGACAUUAAGAUAUUGCAUGACACCGAUAGUAUUAUUAGCGUAUUCGAUUCUUAAAGAUCACGUGGUUACGAGCGUAUGUACAUUUUUGUAAUGCCAUAUUAUAUUUGUUAGUAAAUAUAUAUAUAAAAUUAUAUAUAUAUAUAUAUAUUGUGAAAUAGAAUUAUGAAGUUAGAGAUUUAUUAGUCAUUAAGUAUAUAUAGUAUAUAUAUAAAAUGAGAAGAAAAGAAAGAAUAUAAAAGAAAGAAAAGAAUAAAAGAACAAUACGUAUGCGAUUUAACCGAGAUUUAUGCGCCGGAAGCGAAUUGAAAUUUUUGUUUUUUUAAUAUUGUUAUUUGAAACACAUAAUAUAUAUGAAACCAAAGAAAACAUUUUUGCGAGUGAGAGAAUUGUAAACGCCUGCUAGCUCAAUGUACAUUAAAGGGAACUGUAAUUUUUUUUUAAGGGAUUGUAAAUUUUUAAUGUUCGCUUUACUUUUUAUGUUGAGCCAUACUAUACUUAUUUUCUCUCUCUCUCUCUCUCUCUCUCUCUCUCUCUCUCUCUCUCUCUCUUUCUCUCUCUUGUAUUUAAAAUGUUUAACCGAAAAACUUUACCAAAUAAAUAUAUUAUAAUUAUA